CGGGGUUUCUUUUCGGGUUCAUUUUCACUAUACAUAGUAACACAUACCACGCUCUUCCUCACCAACCAACCAGCCAGGCGGCAGGCGCCCUUCCAUUUCAGAAAUUAAACCCCACAUUUCCCUGGCCAUGGCUUCCUUACGGGCUUCUACGGUGCUAAGAAAAAGAACCCAGGCUUUGAAUCCGUUUUGCCUGGACGCGUCGCCCAUAAAACGGUCCAGAUCGAGUGUCGAAGAGGAAGAAGAAGAAGAAGAAUGGGAGGGAGGUGAUUUUGGUGACGUGUGCUGCGAGGAAUGUGGCUCCGGCGGCCGUGGAUCUGAGCUCUUGCUCUGCGACAAAUGCGAUCGAGGGUUUCACCUGUUUUGCCUCCGUCCCAUUCUUGCUGCCGUCCCCAAGGGCUCUUGGUUCUGCCCUUCUUGCUCCAAAUCCAGAAGUGUCGCCAAAUUUCCCCUCAUCCAGACAAAGAUUAUUGAUUUCUUCCGUAUUCAGAGAUCGUCAGGUGCAACUCAUAAGAGUGCAGUCUGCCAAAAGAGGCGAAGGAGAAUUAGUAGCCUAGCAGUGUCAAAGAAAAAGAGAAAGUUAUUGCAUUUUAAUCCAUCCGAGUAUCCUAAGAGGAGACUUGAGCAAAUGGCAUCAUUAGCCACAGCAUUAAUAGCCACUGGGGCUCAGUUCAGCAAUGAGCUUACUUAUAUGCCCGGCAUGGCACCAAGGAGUGUGAAUCGGGCUGCACUUGAACGAGAAGGGAUGCAGGUAAUGACCAAACAAGACAUGGAAACCUUAAACCUGUGCAAGAAAAUGAUGGAAGGAGGUGAAUGUCCUCCUCUAAUGGUGGUUUUUGACCCAAAAGAAGGCUUUACUGUAGAAGCUGAUAGAUUCAUCAGAGAUCUGACCAUAAUAACUGAGUACGUUGGGGAUGUUGAUUACUUGAAGAACCGUGAAAAUGAUGAUGGGGAUAGCAUGAUGACUCUCUUAUCAACUGCUGAUCCUUCAGAAUGCCUUGUGAUUUGCCCUGAUAAGCGCAGCAACAUAGCUCGCUUCAUCAAUGGCAUCAACAACCAUACCCCGGAAGGAAGGAAGAAGCAGAAUGUAAAAUGUGUGAGAUUCAAUGUAAAUGGUGAAAGUCGUGUUUUGUUGAUAGCAAGCAGAGACAUUCGGAAGGGGGAGAGGCUAUAUUAUGAUUACAAUGCAUAUGAAAAUGAAUAUCCAACCGAGCACUUCGUUUGACUCACCUCAUAACAUAAUAGAAACAAUUUUGUGACUAACUUUCACUUCAUGCCUAAAUUAAAUUGCCAGAGGUCAAAGAUCAAAUAUUCAUGUACACUAAAUAUCAUCAAUGUAAAUUUUGAUUUUUGAUAGUAAAUUUACCCGUGCAAU